AUGCUUCGAGCCGCGACGCGUCGAUCGAGCUCGUACAACAGAUGCAGCAGCAGUAACAGAUGCAGCAGCAAUACGCACGAUACCAAUAGUAUUACCGAAUGGUCUUCUUCCUCUUCUUCUUCUUCUCCUUUGAUGUUGAGAGACUUUUUUUUUCGAAGAACAACAACUACAGGUACUCGUGAGACAUUGGUGCAAGAACAAAAGAACAGAACGAUGAUGACGACGAUGAUGCACCAAGCCAGAGGAAUCUCCGCCAAUAACGAUAGUGCUAGCAGUAAUGAUAGGAGAGGAAGAAUCAGACGACGUGCAUUUUCUACAUCAUCAUUUUUUCAAAGUGAAAAGGAAGAAGAACGAACUCGAUUUGACGGCGCCACGAGAGCAGAAACAAUCAUCGAAGUUGGCGAACAAAACGUGAGCGUCAAAGUAGGAUUUGAAUCUGGCGCGCUCGCUCGUCUCACAGAUGGCGCCGUCGUCGCCGACUUGGGUGAUACGGUUGUUCUGUGUACCGCAGUCGCAUCGAGAGAGAAGGGUGACCCGAGUAAAGACUUCGUACCUUUACUCGUAGACUAUCGCGAACGUGCGUACGCCAAAGGUUCUAUCCCACCGACGUUUACGAGACGAGAAGGAGCGCCAAAAGACCGGGAGAUUCUCGCUAUGCGAGUCAUCGAUCGGACGUUGCGUCCACUCUUCCCGAAAGGCUGGUCGCAAGAAACUAUGAUACAAUCGAUUGUUUUAGCGAGUGAUUUAGAUCAAGAUCCCGCGGUUCUAUGUGUAAACGCGUGCUCUGCGGCGCUCACGAUUUCGUCCAUUCCGUGGGAUGGACCAAUCGGUGCGUGCAGAGUCGCGGUCAUGAAAAGCGGGUCAAUUUGCGUGAACCCAACGUUUCAGGAGUGCGACGAAGCUUCGCUGGUAUUUUUCUACGCAGGAAACUACGACAGAGCUUUGAUGAUUGAAGCACACGCUAACGAUGAAUCCGGUGUGAGCGAAAAAGACGUCGCGAGGGCUUUACUCGCUGCGCAUGACGCCGCUAGGGCGUUGAUUGAACCACAGUUAGAAUUGAAAAAGAAAUUAGAUCUCAAAGCGAUUGAAAAUAACAAAAUGCCGAAAGCAAAACAGGAAAUCGCUGAACCUGUGGGAGGAAGAUCACCUGAGUUACGAAAAGACGUAUUAGCGCGAUGUAAGGAAAGGUUGCGAGGAUUAUACGAUGAGAAAAUUCAGGACAAACACGAACGUGGGAGAAAAAUGGCGGAAUUGAAGACUUUGAUUUACCACGAGAUGCUUGCAGAAGAGAUGUCGAUGGCGCUUUUUUUUACAACGCUUCCGUCGUUAUGA